AGAAGAGGAAUUAGACUGGAAAAUCAAGAGGGAAUAUACAUAGUUUUUAAAGAUCAGCAUGAUUGGAUGGUUACAUGUAACCCUGGUGGUGGCUGGUUCUGGAAUUCUUGUUCUUGUAUUAGUCUUGAUCAUCAAGCGAUUCUGUUGUCGACAGAAAGGGCGUAAAGAUUCUGUACGGGCUAAUAGGGAUAGAGCUGAGAAUUUGCAGAAUGGAAUAGCCAGGCUUCAUCAAGUGAGUCUUCAUCAUGUUGAUGGAGACGGAGGCAAGAAAACAAAUUAUUAUGUUUUUCGACGUGGGGUUUCAUCAGGAAAGCCUUUUUUUAGUUGGGGUGAUCAUCCUUCCCUUGUCACUGAUGCUGUUGAGAAUGGAUGGUCAAGAUUUUCUUUCUCAACCUUCACGUCAUCUCCCUCGGUUAAAUCUGCCAAGUCCCUGUUAGGUGUGUGUGCAACUGGUGAUCAAGAAAAUGAAAUCCCUGUCGAAAUCGGAUGGGAAAUUUGUGAAGGAUCGGCAGAUUUCAUGCAGAAAAUCAGAUUGAAUCCCGGGUUGAAGAAACUUAAUAACUCAAACAUAAAUUUUUCAAAAGGGGCUAUAUCUGUUAUCAGAACAGCUUUGCCUUUGCCAGGUCCACAUUUGGGGAAUUCAUCUUUCCCACAAGAAGCCUAUUUUGAGAUCACAAUUUUGCCUUCUCCAGAAAACAGUCUUAAUCUUGCAGACAACAAAUCCGAAGACGAUAAAAUUAAGCUUAUUCACGAGGAUUUUAAUGCAAAAAUUAGUCCGGAUUCUUUACCACAAGUUACAAGUACUAAUCAUAGUCAACGCAAGAACAGAAAUGAAGAAUCGAAGAUUGCUAUAAAAGACGAUGGAAAAAAUGAAGCAAUUUUGCUAUCUGUUGGGCUAACAGGAGGAGGCCCUCUUCCUCUGAAAGUCCCAGGCAGCUAUCUAGGAUCAAUUGGUUUCAACUCCACUGGUUCUGUCUAUCUUGAUGGAAUUAAACUAGUAUACGAAUCAGAAAACGAAGAUUGGGAAAGAGCAGACAGGGUGAUAGGCUGCGGGUACAAUCCAAGCCAGAGAAAAGUCUUCUUCACAGUUGAUUCACAACUGGUACAUGAAAUCCACUGCAAGUCUGAGGGGUUUGCCUUUCCACUUUAUCCAACAUUGGCAGCAAAUACAGAUAUUAUCGUUCUAGUUAAUCUUGGACAAAGCCUUUUCAAAUAUGCACCUGCAAAUCUGCUAAGAACUCCAAAUCCAUGUUUCAUUGGCCCUAUGGCAAAUUCUCCUGCCUUAGGAUAUGAAGAUAGCAAGGAGCUUUUUUCUAUGGGACGAAUCGAUUCCAUGUACCUACAACGAAAUGCCACCAGAAGCAACAAUAAUACAGUAAAUAGUAUCAAAGCAAUGGAAUAUGAUCAGGAGUCUGAAGGCGAUUUGUUUGAAAUUGUCUUGGAUAGUACUGGAAGAUCACCAUACACUUAUCAAUAGUUGGGAAAAAUCCUACCACCAGUGAAUACAACUCCAAAAAAAGGAAAAACUGCAAGGGAAAUUGGAUUUUUCGUGUUUGCAGGCAUGGAAUGUAGCCUUCCAAUUUGUGAGAAUGUACAGAAGAAGAAGAAAAUAGGACAGAUUGAUUUUCCUGAGGCAGAAAUUUUGGAAUCAUAACUUGCUACCUGCUUCAUAAUUUUCUUUCCCUUUUUAGUUCGUCAUUUGUUAGAAGAAUGAUUUUCCUCUAUGUAAAUAGAAGUAAAAUACAAAGCACAAUUACUAGUUUGCUGGAAAGAUAUAUUAGAAAUAUUUAUAGGGUAUGUGAAGUGUCCAGGGGGACAAUUAAUGACAAAUCAGACUUCUCAUAAAGUAUUCUAUA